AUGGAACAAGAUUUCAAUAACCGACUUUUGGCCGCAUUUUUACCCCAGCAUCUCAUUUCUGCGGCUCGCCUUCAGAUCGCUACGAAUAACCCACACAUUUACACAGAGCAUUAUCCGCAGGUUAUCUCCUCUAUACCCGCGCAGGAUCCUUGUCACGCUUUGAAUGUGGUUCGAUUUGCACUACAGUUGGAAGCUCUUAUCGAAUCGUUCCGUGACGCUACCACUGCCGAUGUUGCCGUUUGUAUUGGAAUUGACACCGGCUCGGUGUCGGCUGGCGUAGUUGGUUCUUCCAAAUGGCACUACGACGUUGUUGGAGUUACCGUGGACAAUGCGAUUCUUUUGCAGAGCAGCGCCCCCGGCCAUGGCGUUUUUGUAACCGAAGAAACGCGUCACCUGAUAGAAGGCCAAUUUACGCUUGAACAUAUCGGCGAAAUCUGGCGAGUUUCUGAUAGAUCACCCGGACCGGAGCUUUUUCCCAUUAACAAGAGGUAACC